AAUGGCGGGAGCAAAAACGGGCUUUGGUCUAUGCAGAUCUCUGGCCUCUGAUUGGUCAGUGACGCGGAUUGCGCAAUAUCCACGAAGGGGUCAAUUCGCUGUAGAAACUUCACCGUCUGCGCCCCCCGGCAGGGUUACUUCAGGUCAGAACCAGACAGCCAGCCAAUCGCAGUUGGGCUUUCUGAGUAGGUGUCGCCCACGUGACUACGAAAGCGCAAGUGCGACUGGCUGGGUGGUGAAUUUCAGACAGCGAAUUGCACCAACUAUUGAUAAUGUGAUCGCUUUAUAUUUCAAAUUCAAAUCCUGGUCGCAUUAAUUUACUUCCAUAAAAAUACCAUUAAAAUGUUAGAAAAUCCUGCUUUAAAACGCACGGAAGCGUAUUACUGCCACACUAAAAAAAAAAAAAAAGUCGCGUUUCACAUGUGGAAAAAAAGGAGACUUUAUCGAACUUUUUUCAAUAAUAAGGGAUCCUACAAAUAUGUAUAAUGCAUUUUUGUUCUCCUUAAGAACUUAAAUGGUUAUAACACAUCACACAAAUAUGGGUUUCCAAUACUUUGUCCUCGUGUAGCUAUUAACUUUCACUAUGUCGUACAGUUCUACGAUAUGGUAAAUAAACUAGCCGCCCAAGUGAGUAUUGAUACAUUCAAACCGAAUUUCUACCUCAUCUUGGACGAGUUAAUUAAUAAUUAAUCAAUAAUUCAAUUUAGUACGUUCAGACAUUUUGUAGAACUGUUACCAUUGAAAUCAUUAGUACUACAGGAGAUCUAGCUAGAAGUUUGAAGAGGGAAUUUCACCCAAACGACUUUCAAGCUAUUGUUGGUAGCAUUAAAACACAGACGUAAAUGACUCGGUGUAAUAUUUUAAACAUAAUUCAUAAUUUCUGCGCCGUCGAUAGCAUCAUAGAUUAAAAUACGCUAUGAUGUUGCGGCACGUGGCGGCCAUGUUGAAAAGGUCAAACGCGAAGCUAAAACGAAAUCGUAAAUUGUGCAUUUCGUCCCCGGUUUUCAUGGUUUACUUUUUUGUCAAGGUUAAAACGUGGCCUAUCAACACAUUACAUAUAUAAAGCAAUACAAGUACUGCUAUCUACAAAUGUUUAUUUCCCUCUGAAUAACUUAGCGCGAAGGUGACUUUGCCCUUCCUAUCUUCGCGUCGCCGUAUGCACGCAGCUCACAUCCGCGGCGUUCACGCACUCGACGUGACGACGCAAUCGUUGUCGCCGCCGUCGGACGUGGUAGCGAAAACGGCUAAAUGAAGACAUCGCCCCCGCCCCCUCCUUGGAACUAGCUGUGCUUUAACAUCGAUUUCAACGGGGUCCGGUCGAAUGGCACCGGUUCCGCAUCAUUUCAAACAGUCGUUUGUUAGCGUAACUUGUUAUUCGACUUGUUGCCAUUAGUAUUGUUGUUGUUGUUGAUGCUCGGCAGCGAAUGCAGCAGAAUGGCGCGAGCAGCUCCAACGGCUCCGAAGGCGGCUGUGGCGGGGAGCGGCAGUCUCCGUCCCGCAGCCCUCUGCUGCUGCCGACGGCGGCGACGACUCGGGUGAGACGCUUCAUCCAGGAGCGGCGGACGCUGCCGCUGCCGCUGCCGAAAGUUAUGGUGGUGUUCUCGGCCGCGGGCGACGCGGACAAGUCCGGCGAUGCCAUGGCCACCGCCGACGACGACGACUCGGAGAAGUCGGUGGCGACGGGCGUCGCCCGGGGCAUGCCGUCCCGAUGCCCGCUGAAAGUCGGGCAGGAGCAGGAGUUUCCCGAGGUGAUCUCGCUGAAUGUGGGGGGCUCCCACUUCACCACCCGCCUGUCCACGCUGCGCCGCUACGAGGACACCAUGCUGUCUGCCAUGUUCAGCGGGCGCCACCACAUCCCGCGCGACGCCGACGGCCGCUUCUUCAUCGACCGCGACGGGGCCUACUUUGGGGACAUCCUGAACUUUUUGCGCGAGGGCGAGCUGCCACGCCGCGAGCGAGUGAGGGGAGUGCACCGCGAGGCGCAGUACUACUCCAUCGCACCCCUGCUGGAGCGCCUGGAGGACACGCAGCCGCUGACCGGAGAGAAAGUGCGACAGGCCUUCCUCGACCUGCUGCCCUACUACAAAGACAAUCUGGAGCGCAUCGUGGAGAUCGCCAAGCUGCGCGCCACGCAGAAGAAGGCGCGCUUCGCCAAGCUGAAGGUGUGCGUCUACAAGGAGGAGAUGCCCAUCACGCCGUACGAGCGCCCGCUCUUCAACUCGCUGCGCUUCGAGCGCGCCGACGGGGGCGGCGGCGGCGGCGGGGGCGGGGCCAGCUCCGGCGAGGUCAAGCUCUUCGAGCACCACUGCGAGGUGGACGUCACGUUCGGGCCGUGGGAAGCGGUGGCCGACGUCUACGACCUGCUGCACUGCAUCGUGGGCGACCUGUCCCAGCGCGGCAUCGCCGCCGAGCAGCAGUGCAUCGGCGUGUGCGACAAGCACCUCAUCAACCACUACUACUGCAAGAGGCCCAUCUACGAGUUCAAGAUCACGUGGUGGUGAGGGUGGCGAGGGCGGCCUUUCAAGUGGACUUUGGCGUCCAAAUUGGCUCUUUUUGUUGUGUGCUUUUCCACUAACGGCACGUAAUCGGAGUAGAACGGACCUUCAGAGCCAAAGAGUGUCAGUCUUAAAUGCAAUCUUCUUUGAGAUCAGGUUUAUGCACAUACUGAAAAUCGGACCCAAUAUGAGGAUAUUCCCCCCCCCCCCUUUUUUUUUUUUUUUCGAUCGAGGUGUGGGUGUGUUGAGAAUUUUUUUUUUUUCCCACCCUAGCAAUCAAAGCCAGAAAAGAUUAUCCUCAUCAGUGGCUUAUUUGCACCAGACCAGAUCACCCCCUCGAAACAGGCUAAUUCCUGGAGUAGUUACGUAUGGGCAUUUGAAUAUUGGUGCAUAUUUAAUUGUGCAAUGGUUUGUUUUAUUUGAUUUUCAGUGAGGACUGGCAUUGUCGCUCAGAAUGUUCUAAACUUCUGUUCCUGUUCCCACACCCGCUUUUGUCGGCAGGUGUAGAACUCAACUUUCCCGCAUGCAAGUUCUUUAAAAUGGCAAACUCGGCUCAUUUCCUUCCAGUUCCGCUGAAUCAAACAUGGAUUUAACACCGGCGGCGCGGUGGGUCACCCAGUGAAGCGUCGGCCUCACAGUUUUGAGGACCCGGGUUCGAUCGAGUUUGCACGUUCUCCCCGUGCCUGCGUGAGUUUUCCCCGGGCAGUCUGGUUUCCUCCCGCACCCCCAAAACAUGCAACAUUAAUUGCACACUCUAAAUUGUGCCUAGGUGUGAUUUCGAGUACGACUGUUGUCUGUCUCGAUGUGCCCUGCGAUUGGCUGGCAACCAAUUCAGGGUGUACCCCGCAAGCCUCCUGCCCGUUGACAGCCGGGAUAGGCUCCGGCACUCGCCGUGACCCUUGUGAGGAUAGGCGGCAAAGAAAAUGGAUGGAUUCAACAGUGAUAAUGAAAGAUCUCAUUGUUAUUCCAUCCCUACUCCAACUUCACUCACCCUUCUUAUUUCAAGUAUUCCUCUCCGCAUUCCACUCUUUUUUUAAAAAAAAAUAUAGAUAUGUAAUAUAGUUCAAGCAAAUGUUGUGAAGUAGCGCAAAUGCUAAGCAAACAGGGCCUCCGGCGUCCGCGUACUUGAUGAAGUCUGAGCACCUUUUUGUGAUUGUAGCCGAAAUAGACCGUGUAUAUAUUUUGUACCACAAUACUAUGAAGUAUUAAUGUUCACUUGUUUUUUUUUUUGUUUUGUUUUUUUUUGGUUAUCGUCAUGGUCCUAAGCAAUAUUAUACUUGUUGUACUACAUCACGUUGUUAUCUAAAAUAUCUGUUGGCUUCUAGGAAGCUGUUGCCCUGAAGGUUUUUUUUUUUUUUUGCUUUGUAUUGUACUAUUUUAUGACUGACACAAAUUAUGACUAAAAUAUAUCUAAGAAGCACUUAUUUAUCCUCGUAUUGCUUCCUUUUCUAUCUUCUCCUUUGUCCACGACCAAGUUUACUGGAGUUGCAAAUCUUUUACCAUUGAAAUGAGUGUUCGAUUACCCCUACCCCCGCCCUCAGAAAAAAAAAAAUUGCACAUUUUUUGUAGAGUGAAAAAUUGCACCGUAAUAUUGUAUAUUAUUAAAAAAAUGCAUGGUAAUAACAUCGCUAAAUCAAAUGUAAAUAAACAGCGCGUCUUGAUUAGCUUGUUGCGU